UAUUAUCUGCUAUUGGAUAAUAGAAGGUUGGUGUCUUUUGGUCGUUUUGUUAUUGAUGGUAGUGAAGCAACCCUUUUGUUUGUACGAAUUGACUCUAUAUAAAAGCAAUACUAAAUGUGCAAAAACACCUCUGGUUGAACUUCGAAAACGACAGAUUGCAACUAAUAUUGAAAUGACUACUUUCUUGCCGUCCUCUUCAUCAACAAUCAAGAUAUCAGGAUGUGAACCAGAAAUGGAACAAACUCUCAAGGAUGCACCCAAUAUGCAAGCAAAGUGCACUUCCAACAAUGGUUAUACGUCUUAUUUGAAUUCCUGCUGGUCUUACUACAUUCUCUUCUCUGCCUGCAUCUACGACUAUCAACAACAACGACAAUCGAAUACAAUUUCUUGAAAUGCACCCACAGGUUGGAAGAGCACUUCGUUUUAUUUUAUCUUAUAUAUGUAUAUUAUUUUACUCAUGAUUAGUAUAUUAUUUCAAUAAAAUGCUGUAUAGCAAACUUUUUUAUUAUUCAAUCAUUC